AUGGAUAUCCACCGCUUGCCGACGCCGGCGAGGCAGCAGAUCGCGCAACUCGACCAGGACCUCGAGAAUGAAGAGAUCACGCGCAAAGGGUACGAGAAGAGGCGAACCAUGAUCCUGUCGCAAUAUCUCGACAAGGAGCAAUUGGAGGCGGCGGGAGUGCAUGCGAAUGAUGGGAUGAGCAUGUACUCGGCAGCGGGCAGUGGACAUGGCAGAGAUGCGAGCUGUGCCAGUACACCCGCAGGACCCUUCACUCAGGACUACAGCACAUACACCGAAGGGCCUUAUGCGCCGCAGCAAUACAAUGAUGGUCGACCUGUGACUCCUGGAUACGAUGGCGGACCACCAAGCCAAGUGCAGAGGUUUCAAGAGCAGCAAUUGGGUAUGCGACCACCACAACCGAGACAGUCUUCGAUCGGCUCGGGGCUGCGACCCGUCACACCUGGAGGUAGACCCGAGAGCCCGGGCAGUCGGUACAGCAUGUCCUCGAAUAAUGGCACAAUGGUCAACUCGGACUACGCUUUCAACCCGGAUCGCAAGGAGAGCUACGACACGAAUAGCAGGAUGAGCACAAUGAUGGACUCGCAAGGCUACUUUUCCGACUUCACGGGCCAGCAGACAGGGGAUAUGAGACCACGGGAAAGCUAUGGAGGACCGCAGCGAUACAGCAUGGGCGAAGCGUUCUCGCCGACGGCUAUGAUACCGCCGCCACUUAUGCGCGACGAUAUACCUGCUGCACAUGUGCACCAACUGCCUCUCGAGCCUCGCGAUGUGCCAUUUGCUGUAUACGAUCCCCACAACCACAGUAUGCCAAUGUCCAAAUUCGACAACAUUGGUGCUGUGUUACGACAUCGAGGGAAGAUGCAGGCGCGGCAACCUGCGUACUGGGUACUGGAUUCAAAAGGCAAAGAGACGGCGUCAAUAACAUGGGACAAGUUCACCUCUCGAGCAGAAAAGGUGGCGCAAGUGAUCAGAGACAAAUCCAAUUUAUACCGAGGGGAUCGAGUCGCGCUGGUGUACCGGGAUACUGAGGUGAUAGAGUUUGCCAUUGCAUUACUGGGAUGCUUCAUCGCAGGCGUUGUCGCGGUCCCGGUCAACAAUGUGAACGACUACCAGAAGUUGUCGCUACUCUUGACCACGACUCAGGCGCAUCUUGCGUUGACGACAGAUAACAAUUUGAAAGCUUUCUCCAGAGAUAUCUCGAACCAGCGGCUGAAGUGGCCGACAGGCGUGGAGUGGUGGAAGACGAAUGAGUUUGGCUCGUAUCACCCUAAGAAGAAAGAUGGCGAUGCACCGCUCCAGGUACCGGAUCUGGCUUAUAUCGAGUUUUCGCGGGCACCUACAGGAGAUCUGAGAGGUGUUGUGUUGUCGCAUCGGACGAUUAUGCAUCAAAUGGCCUGCUUGUCUGCGAUACUCUCCACAAUACCGCAGACGGAAAACCACGACACUUUCUCGUCGUCGCUGAGGGCAUCGGAUGGCUCGUUCGUCGUGCCUCGACAAGGACGGCACGAGGUCAUUCUGUCCUAUCUUGAUCCUCGAGAAAGCUGCGGCUUGAUUCUUGGAGUACUGCUUGGUGUAUAUGGCGGGCACACGACUGUGUGGUUUGAGAGCAAGACUGUUGACACGCCGGGCAUGUACGCACAUCUCAUCUCGAAGUAUCGGGCGACGGUCAUGGUCGCAGACUAUCCAGGAUUGAAGCGCGCUGCAUACAAUUACCAGCAAGAUCCCAUGGCAACCCGGAACUUCAAGAAGGCUAUGGAGCCGAACUUUUCGUCUGUCAAAAUCUGUCUUAUAGACUGUCUUACGGUUGAUACUGAGUUUCACGAGAUUCUGGCAGAUCGAUGGCUCAAGCCGAUGCGAAAUCCGAGAGCACGAGACCUGGUAGCGCCAAUGCUUUCGCUUCCUGAGCAUGGUGGUAUGAUUAUAUCGGUCCGUGACUGGCUAGGUGGCGAGGAAAGGAUGGGCUGUCCAUUGACUGUGCCCGAAGUUGAAGACGGCAGCGAUCCAGACACACCGAGCAGCCCGACCACCGCGAAUGGCUACACAAGUUUGCUGGAUGGUAGCAAUAGCGAGAAGAAGGCAGCCAAGAACAGCAAGCGCAACAGGUCGGAAUUGAGUGAGGUCCUUCUCGACAAGGAAAGUCUCAAGACGAAUGAGGUUGUCAUAAUAGCCAUGGGCGAAGAAGCACGAAAGCGAACCAACGAGCCUGGAACUGUUCGAGCGGGCGCUUUUGGAUAUCCGAUUCCUGAUGCAACGCUUGCGCUCGUGGACCCGGAGACGAAUUUGCUCUGCGCGCCGUACACAAUUGGCGAGAUCUGGGUUGACUCACCUUCACUCAGCGGUGGUUUUUGGGCAUUACCGAAGCAUACUGAGACGAUCUUUCACGCAAGGCCAUACCGAUUCGUCGAAGGAAGCCCAACGCCUGUGUUGGUUGAGCCUGAGUUCUUGCGGACUGGUCUUCUUGGGUGCAUCAUUGAAGGCAAACUCUUCGUGCUUGGGCUGUACGAAGAUCGGAUACGACAACGAGUUGAAUGGGUCGAGCAUGGCGCGCAUGAAGUCGAACACAGAUACUUCUUCGUGCAGCAUCUGGUGUCGAGUGUGAUGAAGACAGUACCCAAGAUCUACGACAGCUCGGCUUUUGAUGCGCAUGUCAACGGGGAGUACUUGCCGAUCAUUCUCAUCGAGACUCAAGCAGCGAGUACAGCACCGACGACCACAGGUGGACCGCCGCGACAGCUGGACAUACCGUUCUUGGACUCACUAAGCGAGCGAGUGAUGGAGGUACUUUACCAGGAGCACCACCUGCGCGUCUACUGCGUAAUGAUGACUGCUCCAAACACCUUACCUCGCGUGGUCAAGAACGGUCGUCGCGAGAUUGGCAACAUGCUCUGCAGGAAAGAGUUCGACAAUGGCAAUCUUCCUUGUGUGCACGUCAAGUUCGGCAUUGAGCGGGCUGUCCAGAACCUGCCACUUGGAGAUGAUCCUGCGGGUGGCAUAUGGUCACCCAUGUCCAGCAAUGCUCGUCAAGAUAUGCUGGCGAUGCAUGUUGACAAGCAAUACUCCGGUGUGGAUCACAGAGAAGUUGUAAUCGAUGACCGGACGAGCACACCCUUGAAUCAGUUCAGCAACAUCCACGAUUUGAUGCAAUGGCGAGUCACACGGCAGGCCGAAGAACUCUCCAUCUGCACAAUUGAUGGCAGAGGCCGAGAAGGCAAAGGCGUGAACUGGAAGAAGUUUGACCAGAAAGUCGCUGGUGUGGCCAUGUACCUCAAGAACAAGCUCAAGGUCAUGUCGGGAGAUCAUUUGCUGCUCAUGUACACGCAUUCGGAGGACUUCGUGUAUGCGGUCCAUGCAUGCAUAUGUCUCGGAGCAAUCGCAGUACCCAUGGCGCCUGUGGACUCGAACAGACUUAGCGAGGAUGUACCGGCAUUGCUGCAUAUGAUUGCAGAUUUCAAGAUCAAGGCGAUUAUUGUCAAUGCGGAUGUGGAUGCUGUCCUUAAGCAGAAGGCGGUGUCUCAACAUCUGAAGCAGACGGCGAUGAUUUUGAAGAUUGCACUGCCGCCGACUUUCAAUACGACUAAGCCGCCUAAGCAGACGCAUGGGUGUAGAGAUCUCGGUCUGACGAUUCGACCUGCGUGGGUCGCUCCUGGAUAUCCGGUGGUGAUUUGGACGUACUGGACUCCGGAUCAGCGGCGCAUUGCGGUACAACUCGGACACAACACUAUUAUGGCUCUGUGCAAAGUGCAGAAAGAGACGUGUCAGAUGACUUCGACAAGGCCGGUGCUUGGCUGCGUGCGCAGUACGAUGGGUCUUGGCUUUCUGCACACGUGUAUGAUGGGCAUCUUCCUCGCUACACCCACAUACUUGGUGUCGCCAGUCGACUUCGCCAGUAACCCGAAUGUGCUCUUCCAAACACUUGCUCGAUACAAGAUCAAGGACACAUAUGCGACGAGUCAGAUGUUGGACCACGCCAUCGGUCACGCAGCUGGCAAGGGCAUCCAAAUGCACGAGCUGAAGAAUUUGAUGAUUGCUACGGAUCAAAGACCCAAGCCUGAUGUCUAUGGGCGAGUCAAGCAGGCCUUUGCGCCAUCGGGCCUGGACAGGACAGCAAUCAACACGAUCUACAGCCAUGUGCUGAACCCAAUGGUCGCAAGUCGAAGCUACAUGUGUAUCGAGCCAAUUGAGCUGUUCUUGGAGCCUACGAGUCUCAGAAGAGGUUUGGUUGUGCCUGUUGACCCGGACACGGAACCAUUUGCGCUACUGGUGCAAGACUCGGGCAUGGUUCCAGUCAGCACACAGAUCAGCAUCGUCAACCCAGAAACAAAUCGACUGUGCCUAACUGGCGAGUACGGUGAGAUCUGGGUACAAUCAGAAGCCAACGCACACGCCUUCUACGGCUCGAAGGAUGCCUUCGAUGCCGAGCGCUUCAAUGGUCGCACUAUAGAUGGCGAUCCUGGUGUGAGAUAUGUCCGUACCGGCGACUUGGGCUUCCUUCAUAAUGUCAGCAGGCCUAUCGGUCCUGGUGGCAAUAUGGUGGAGAUGCAGGUGCUGUUCGUGCUGGGCACUAUUGGUGAAACCUUCGAGGUCAAUGGGUUACAGCAUUUCCCGAUGGACGUGGAGGCGAGCGUGGAGAAAUGUCAUCGCGCGCUCGUCAGAGGAGGAUGCGCCAUCUUCCAAGCAGGUUCAUUACUUGUCCUGAUCGCCGAAGUCAGGACAAGAGCCUUCCUGGCAUCCCUCGUCCCAAUCAUCGUCAACACCGUCCUCAACGAGCACCAGCUCGUCCUCGACAUCGUAGCCUUCGUCGCUCUCGGCGACUUCCCACGAUCUCGACUCGGCGAGAAGCAACGCGGCAAGAUCCUAGCCACCUGGGUAGCGCGAAAGAUGCGCACAAUCGCCCAAUUCAGCAUCCGCGAUCCCGACGCAGAUGGCAGCGUCGGCACUGUCGUACCGGGAGAACAUAUGCAAAGUCUCCAACGACGAGGCAGCGCCCAAGCCAGUCUCCGCCAAGGCCAGAGUUCUCUCCGCCAUAUGGAGAGCCUCGCCACCAUGCCAGUGGCAGAGGUCAGCCCGAAUGCAGAAAUGGGUGAUCCCCUACACCUCCACGCACCACCCGAACUGGUCUACGAACCACCACGAAACGACGAUACCCCAACGAACGAAAGGCCGCAACCUCUCAACCUAAACACAACGCUUGACUACUCCCCCAUCGAUCCCUACCAGGGAGGGAUCUCAAAUACAGACGAUGGCUUUGGAUACUCGCAACAUCCUCCUGCACACGCACACGAAGAUUGGAACCAACAUGACUAUCAACCUUACGCUCCCCCUUCCCAUGGAUAUCCAGACUAUCUUUCCCAAUCGCAACAUUCGUAUCAGAUCCCUGACCCCGAUUCGCCGGUGGAUAUACCGCAGCCUCUUGCUGGCGGUGGCGGGGGCGGCGGCGGGGGCGGGUUGACAGUUGCGAAUCGGACUAGUGUGAUUAGUGAUGAUGAGGGCGAGGAUUGGGGCGCGGAGGCGCUUAAGCAGAUGAAUUUGAAGAAUAAGUGA